UCAGAUUCCCCGGUAAAUAGGCGUAAAAUUAGUAAUAAAUCUUUAAAUGUAUAAGUAUGAAAUACAUUUGUGUUUGAAUCUUUUUUAGUUGUAGAGAUUCAACCGAAAGGCUCUGCUCCAACCAUGGCUAAGUUACGGGAGGACUAUAAAUUACUGAAAGAGGAGAAUCGGCUUCUGAAAGAGGAGAACCGGCUUCUGAAAGAGGAGCGGGAUUUCCUUAGGGAAAAAGGUCUCAACCCUGUGAAGACUGGCCCCUCAACAACUUCUAAAGGGUCCCACAAGAGGAUGCUAAAGGAUUCUUCAGACUCUUCGGCAUCUGACUCUGAGACAGACUCCUCCUCCUCUGAAGGAGGGAAGAGGAAGAGGAAGAAGAAGAAGAAGACGAUCAAGAAAGCCCGCACAGCAUUUGGGAAAAGAGUUCAGAAUCCAGAGGACGUUGUGCACCGGUACCGAGCUGUCCUAAGAGAGUUUAGGCGCACCAGGAGCAUGAGCCUGAGCUGUGAAGUACUGAACGUGGACAGGAACACAAUUGCCUUGACGGCAAUCAUUGCCGAAAUCUUUAUUGGCGCAGAAGGUGAAGACUUCGGGCAACUGCCAGUGUUCAUAGAAGGAGACACUGUAGGCAAUUAUGCUAAAACCUGCAAGGCCUUCUUAGAUGGCAACCAACUUCUUGGGGAAAAAAUUAAAAAAAUGAAAAACAACUCGGAGCUGCUCCCCAUGAAAUAUAAAUUCCGAAAGUGA